AUAAGCCAACCGGUCAUUCGUUCUGAGACAUUCGAUUACGAUUGUUGUUCGGUUUGGUUCUUCGCGCAAGAGAAUAAGCAACAAGAUGGCGCCGCUUCGCUGGGGAAUCGCUAGUGUGGGUCUAAUUUCACACGACUUUGUCACCGCAUUGGCCACGCUUCCCAAGGAAGAUCACCAGGUGGUGGCCGUUGCCGCACGAAAACUCGAAGAUGCCGAAAAGUUUGCUAAAAAGCACGAUAUCGAGAAGUUCUACGAAGGAUACGAUGCGCUCGGCAAGGAUCCUACAGUGGACGUGGUCUACAUUGGAGCGAUCGUUAUAAAGCACUUUGAGCUCGGAAAGAUGAUGCUGGACUAUGGCAAGCACGUUCUGUGCGAGAAACCGCUGUGCGUAAACGAAGGUCAAGCCAAGCAGCUGCUGAAUCACGCGAAGGAGAAAAAGCUGUUCUUCAUGGAAGCCAUAUGGUCGCGAUUCUUUCCGGCAUACAUUCAUUUAAAGAAACGUAUCGAUUCUGGGGAACUGGGCGACAUCACCGAGGUAGAGGCAGAGUUCGGUUAUCCGCUGGCUGGUAUAGAGAGAUGUAAACUGAACGCUUUAGGCGGUGGAACUAUACUGGAUUUAGGUGUUUAUACGAUUCAGGUUAGUCUGUGGGUUUUCCGAGAUUAUCCAGUGAAAAUCACAGCGAAAGGUCAACUCAACGACGAUGGUGUAGAUGUGGCUAUGGAAGCAACUUUGGAUUUUCCAAAAGGUGGCGUUGCUCGUAUCAAAACAAGUGCGCUUGGAUUGCUGAACAAUAAAGCAGUAAUUCGAGGCACGAAAGGAACGAUAAUAUUGCACGAUUUUUGGAGCUGCGUUUCACUAACUGACAUCGAUGGAUCGUUGGUAGAGUUUCCGCUACCGAAGGCUAGAUAUGAUUUUAACUUCCCAAAUUCUUGCAAUUUGCGUUACGAAGCGGAAGCAACCCGUCAACACAUUUUAGCAGGAAAAUUGGAGUCCGAAUCUAUACCACACAGUGAGAGCUUGAGAAUUGCUCGAAUUGAGGACGCGCUUAGAAGACAGAUUGGUGUGCGAUAUGCAGAGGACGAACAAUUCAAAGCAUAAAUGUAACGAUUUACGAAAAUAAACAUUGCACUUACA